UCACCUUUACCUUCGUGUCCUGCCUGAGGAACGGCUGGGUCUGGGACACCGUGGGCUGCGUGUGGGACGGGUUUAGCAGCAGCCUCUUCGAGAAGAGUUCCAGUCACAAAUGCAUGUGUGAUGCAUUUUGACAUUUACUGCUAAGAUGAAAUGCAGAAAUGAAAACCGCACAUCCAUUUUAGUGUUCUCAGAUGUGAUUAGAUAUACUUUAUCAUAUUUUUAUGCUACUGACCUCUAAGGAAAACAAUAUUGAGAAAGGUUAACAGUUAAAUACCUAGGACCGGACCUGCAGCUUCUACUUCUCGGAGGAACAGGACUAUCACAAGGAGAGACUUUAUUACGGCACAUUCACACCCCAGCUGACCCCUCAGCCUAGACUCAUACACGUUUCUGUUAUCGGCAGUUGUCACCAGACGCUUUGUCUUCCAGGAUGGCGGACAGUCUCCCCACAGAGUUCGAUGUGGUCAUAAUGGGGACAGGUCUGCCUGAAUCCAUCCUCGCAGCUGCAUGCUCAAGAAGCGGUCAGAGGGUUCUGCAUCUUGAUUCGAGAAGCUACUAUGGAGGAAACUGGGCAAGUUUCAACUUUUCAGGAUUGCUCUCCUGGUUGAAGGAGUGUCAGCAAAACAGUGACGUUGCAGAAGAAAGUACUGCCUCGUGGCAAGGCGUGAUUCAUGAGACCGAGGAGGCCGUCCCUCUGCGCCAGAAGGAUGGAACCAUUCACCACACCGAAGUUUUUUGUUACGCCAGUCAGGAUAUGGAUGACAAAAUCAAAGAGACUGAUGCUCUACAGAAAAACCCUUCCUUGCUGACAUCUGAUCCCCUCACCAAACCUCUGGAUUCCACAUGCUUGUCUGAAGACUCAUUAACUGUUACUGGUGGUGAAAUGCCUGCCAAAGACACUCCUAAAAGUGAUGGAGAGAUUUUACUAGAAGUAAGUGAUGUCAAGGGCACCUUGGCAACAGAAAACUACUGUGGAGGUGAAACUUGUAUACACACAGUUUCAGAUGGAGACACAGAUGAAAACAAACCUAUAGAGGAAGACAGCAUUGAUCAACCAAAGAGAACUAGGAUUACUUACUCUCAAAUAGUUAAAGAAAGCAGGAGGUUUAAUAUUGAUCUGGUAUCAAAGCUGCUAUAUUCUCAAGGAUUGCUAAUUGAUCUUCUAAUCAAAUCAAAUGUUAGUCGUUAUGCAGAAUUUAAAAAUGUCACUAGGAUUCUUGCAUUUCGAGAAGGAAAAGUAGAACAGGUGCCUUGUUCCAGAGCAGAUGUCUUCAAUAGCAGAGAACUCACUAUGGUUGAAAAAAGGAUACUAAUGAAAUUUCUUACAUUUUGUUUAGACUAUGAACAACAUCCUGACCAAUACCAAGCUUUCAUGCAGUGCUCAUUUUCAGAGUACUUAAAAACUAAAAAAUUAACCCCCAACCUCCAGCACUUUGUAUUGCAUUCAAUUGCAAUGACAGAGUCAUCUUGCAGUACAAUAGAGGGCCUUAAAGCAACAAAACACUUCCUUAGGUGUCUUGGACGGUUUGGCAAUACGCCCUUUUUAUUUCCCUUAUAUGGCCAGGGAGAAAUUCCCCAGUGUUUCUGCAGGAUGUGUGCAGUUUUUGGUGGAAUCUAUUGUCUUCGCCAUAAAAUUCAAUGCCUUGUAGUUGACAAAGAAUCUGGAAGAUGUAAAGCAAUUAUAGAUCACUUAGGUCAGAGAAUCAGUGCUAAAUAUUUUAUUGUGGAAGAUAGUUACCUUUCUGAGAAAAUGUGCUCGAAUGUACAGUAUAAGCAUAUCUCCAGGGCAGUGCUCAUUACGGAUCAGUCUAUACUAAAGGCAGAUUCAGAUCAGCAGAUUUCCAUUUUGAUAGUGCCCCCAGCAGAGUCAGGAACAUACGCCGUUCGUGUCACAGAACUGUGUUCCUCCACCAUGACGUGCAUGAAGGACACCUACCUGGUACAUCUGACCUGUCCAUCCUCUAAAACAGCAAGAGAAGACUUAGAGUCGGUAGUGAAGAAAUUAUUCACCCCAUGCACUGAAGCAGCAACAGAUGAGGGGGAACCUACAAAGCCAAGACUCUUGUGGGCUCUUUAUUUUAAUAUGAGAGAUUCCUCCGGAGUCAGCAGAAGCUCGUAUGAUGGCUUACCUUCUAAUGUUUAUGUCUGCUCUGGGCCUGACUGCGGACUGGGAAAUGAGCAUGCAGUCAAGCAAGCUGAAACACUGUUCCAGGAGAUCUUUCCAAGUGAAGAAUUCUGUCCCCCACCUCCGAAUCCAGAAGACAUUAUCUUUGAUGGUGAUGAUAAGCAACCAGAGGCUCCUGGAACCAAUAACAUAAUCAUGGCCAAACUAGACUCCUCCGAGGGAAGCAAAAGCCUAGAAACUAGCACAGGGAAGCAACUGGAAGACUAGGAAGAAGCAAACUGGAAAUGCUGCUUCGGGCUCUCAUCCUGCCAUCAGAGUAUUUUCAUUUAAAGGACAGUUUACUAUAUGAGUAAUUAAACUGGUUACAUGAUGGAUGGUA